AGCUAUAGAGGGGUUUAGAUUAGGAGAAAGGUGUCUGUGUGUGUGUUUGUGUGUGUGUGUGUGUGUGUGUGUGAAAGAGAGAGAGGUUGUCAGACCCCCCUCGAAGUAAAGGCUACUCUACACAGUGCAGUUUCUCUGGGUCCCAUUGACACUCAUUUAUAGGGUGGGAAGAGCUGAACAUGUCAUUUUGAAAGGGGACUAUAUGUUUUUUUUCCUUCUUUGCUUUUUUCCCUUGCGGAUCUCUACUCAUCUCCACUAUGGUCUUGCCAGCUCUAUUUGUGGCUUUGUAAAGGAGGUCACUGCGGGAGACAAAGAAUCGGAAAGCAGCCCAACAGUACAGUAAAGAGCAUGCCACUGGCGGUGAGGACGAUGUUGCAUGGGACGAACAUGAAACAUUGCCACGACAGUAAUGCCACCCAGCCAUCUAUGCAGUGACCCUGCACAGCGAAGAAUGCUGGGAAAUAACCAACACUAUUACCCUGGGGAGGAUGAGAAGGACGGGGAGGAUGAGGACGAGGAAGAGGAGCGGGGACGAGAGAACAGGAAGGGGGAGGGUAGAGAGCAGGAGAACGGAGGGUUCGAAGGGCUCGGGGAGAUGAAGGGAGGAAGGCAGUCACGUGACGGUAGAGGGGACGGGGGCAAACCCUCGGCAGUAGUGGUUGGACGACAGCGGGGGGAGCGGACGGUGAGGCCAGCCAAUCCAGGGACCCGAGGGAUGCCCUUCACGUCCAAUCAGGCCAUCCAUAAACAGCAGCACCAUUUCAACCUGGGCCAGCAGCAGCAGAAUCACCCGGCCCCGCCCAUUCAGACCCAGAGAAGGCGGGCUCACAUGGAACGCAGUAUGACCACCGUGGCCACCGUAGAGGAUGCUCACAUGACCAUGAUGGUGUUUCGCAUUGGAAUCCCAGACAUCAAACAGACAAGGUGUUUGCAGUUUGAACCUGACUUCAUGGUGUGGAACGCCAAGCAACAAGUCCUCUGUUCGCUGAAUGAACCACUGUGGGACCCCAACAACUAUGGCCUUUUUCAGCCCGCUGGAGAAGGACGCGACGCCAUGUUCCUGGAGGAGGAGCGAUGCCUGCGAGACUACCCGCAGUCCUUUGAGAAAGGGGUGCCUUAUCUGGAGUUUAGGUACAAGACCAGGGUGUACAAACAGACAAACCUGGAUGAAAAACAACUUGCCAAACUGCACACCAAGGCGAGUUUGAAGAAGUUCAUGGACUACAUCACGAGCGGGUCAAUAGAUAAGAUGAACAAGGUCCUGGACAAAGGUCUUGACCCUAACUUCCAUGACCCCGACAAUGGAGAGUCCCCUCUGUCGGUGGCUGUGCAGUCUGGAAUGGCUGUGGAAGGGAUUAGGGCUCUGGUUCAGGGUGGCGCACAUCUUGACUUCAGAUCCAGAGAUGGAUUGACCCCAAUCCACAAGGCUGUCAGGGCACACAAUCACGUCGCACUGCUGGCUCUCCUGUCCAUGGGAGCCUCUCCCGACUACAAGGACCGAUACUGCCUGACCCCACUGUACCACUCGGUACUGACAGGUGGCGACACGUCCUGCUGCGAGACCUUACUCUACUAUAGGGCCAGGCUGGGAGUGAGGGAUGAGAUAGGCUGGGAUGAGUCUCACCAGCUCAGGGAUGAAGAGGAAUUUGGAAUGCAAGAAAUACACAAGGCCUGCCAGAAUGGAUUUGCUCAGCACUUGGAGCACCUCCUUUUCUAUGGAGCAGAUACCACUUCUCAGAAUGCCUCAGGGAACACUGCCCUUCACAUCUGUGCCCUGUAUAACAAGGAAAGCUGUGUUCGUGUUCUGCUCUACAGAGGGGCCAAUAAGGAAAUGAAGAACAAGCAUGGACAAACCCCCUUUCAGGUAGCAGUAAUGUCGGGCCACUUUGAAAUCGGGGAAAUCAUCAAAAACCACAGAGAUACCGACGUAGUGCCCUUUUUGGAAUCCCCAAAGUACGCUCCCAAACGAGGAGAGAGUGCCCGCACGCUCCCUCUCCUCAUGGCCCAGCCCCACCCCUUCCUGCGUGCUAACAGUGAUAACAGUAUGACCCUGCCUGACCCCAUGGCCCCACGCACCAAGGCUGCUGGGGCCAAUCCCGGCCCUGGACAGGGCCGCAGGGCUUCUGUAGGUGUGAGGAGCUCCAGCAGUCCCAGGGCACGCACUCGCUCCCCGUCACGAGGAAGAGGAGGACACAGUGACACAGAGGAGAGGCGGCAAGGGAAACAACAACGGGGCCGACAGGGUGCCACCUCAGCGGUCAGUGGUGGAGGGCCAACGGGGGCUCAGAUGAGGCGUAUGUACACCGCGGUCCCUGGGCGGGUUUAUGUGGCCACCAGGGCCUACAUCGCCCACGGAGACAAAGAGCUCAGCAUCAGCAAAGGAGACAAAGUCAAAGUGGUGAGCGUGGGAGAGGGGGGGUUCUGGGAGGGCACGGUGAAAGGUCGUACAGGCUGGUUCCCCUCAGACUGCGUGGAGGAGGUGGGUCCUACCAGUAAGGAUAAUCGAUCAGAGUCUCGAAGCGAGAAAGCAAAGAGAAAGCUGUUUCGUAAUGUCACCGUGGGAGCCUAUGACGGCGUGGACGGCCCCAGUGACUACAUCAUUAAGGAGAAGACAGUGCUCCUGCAGAAGAAAGACAAUGAGGGCUUUGGCUUUGUGCUUCGGGGAGCCAAAGCUCAGACUCCUAUAGAGGAGUUCACCCCGACCCCAGCAUUCCCUGCGUUGCAGUACCUGGAGUCUGUGGAUGAGGGGGGCGUGGCCUGGAGGGCUGGCCUACGGAUGGGGGACUUCCUCAUUGAGGUGAACGGUCAGAAUGUGGUCAAGGUGGGCCACAGGCAGGUGGUCAACAUGAUCAGACAAGGGGGCAACGCCCUCAUGGUGAAGGUUGUCAUGGUGGCCCGCAACCCAGAGAUGGAAGAGGCCAACCCCAGGAAGAAAGUCCCCCAACAGGCUAAGAGGCUGACUCCUCCUGCAAUUGCACUGCGCUCCAAAUCGAUGACAUCAGAGCUGGAAGACAUGGCAGUGGAGAAAGCUGCCUCUCCAUGGAAAAAGAAAGCAGAGUACGAGUCCUCCCAGGUGCCUGAUAAGAAGAGGACCGUCUAUCAAAUGGCACUGAAUAAAUUGGAUGAGAUCCUGGCCGCAGCUCAGCACACCAUCACAUCGGACGGGCAGGGGCAGCGAGGCCAUGCAGGAAAGAGGGACCGAACCAAGAGCAUCGCCCCAACUGAGCCGAGUCACGACCAGUUGGUUGGUGUGAUGCCACCUGGGUUCAGCUACAACCAGGGACAGUAUCCUCCCGGACAUCCGCACGGAGUAAUGCUGCGACAGAAAUCUAUUGGUGUGAUGGAGGAGGAGAGGCAGUACCUCCAUAGCCCAGCCAUGAAGCUGUCCCGUAGCCUGUCGGAGGACAUCCCCCCUCCCCCCAGCACAUCUGCCCCAGAACCGCCAUUAUCUGCUGGCCCCCACAGCGGCUGGACUGGGGAUCAGUCUGCCCCCCAGCCCCCAUCUUCACAGGCCCAGACCCACUACCAGGCCCUCCACUCCCAGCAGCAGGAAGCCCACCAAGGCCAGGCAGGCUGGGACAGGGGAGGCCCCUCCGUGGCAAAUCCAACACAUGGUACGGCUCCAACCCUCCGCAGAGGAGGGGGACAAUACGUAGCGGAGCCCCCAGAUGGAACGAAGAGAGGAGGGGGUAAAAUGGGGGUUUUGAGGAGGGGCUACAGUAGUGCAACUCCGCCCACGAGUGCAGCUCCCAAAACCCAACAGCAACAGGCGGCCACCCAUGACAGCGGUGGAGGGGCCGGGCGGGGCGGGGGAGGCAGGAAGGGUGGGAGGGGCCCUCUGGUGAAGCAGCCCACCAUUGAAGGCGGGCUCAACAGGCACCAUCGAGGGGCUAAGAGCUCGGGAUCCAAAGAGAAGAGCUCCAUCCCCAUCCCCACCAUCAUCGUGAAGGCGCCCUCCACUAGCAGCGGCAGCGGACGCAGCAGCCAGGGCAGCAGCAUGGACGCAGAGCAGCCGCCGCCCGACCUGGAGGACCCCACCUCCCCGCCCGCCUCCCCCGACAUCCCCACCGCCCCAGGACCUCCUUCCCCCGUGGCCCCCUUAACCCCCCAGUCCGCUGCCUCCUCCCCCGUUGCCCCGUCAGCUGUUGCCCCCCAGCUGCCCUCUACCCUGGAGAACCUGGACUUCACUAACCAGUUCGGGGGUGCCUUUGUUGGGGCGGCACGCCGCGACAGAGAACGCUUUCGUGACAUGAGGCGAAAGAGUGCCUCCUUCUUCCUUUCCUCUGAGGAGGACAUUCAGGGGGAGGCGGGGGGAGGUGGAGGGGUGUGGACCCAGCCUCUACAGGGCAUGGAUGUCCCCACCCCACGCCUCAGGCCCUCCAAGUCCAUAGACGAGGGCAUGUUCUCCGGGGACAACUAUGUCCAUUACGCUAGCAGUAUGCCCCCUGCCUUUGGGCUGCCCGAGUACCACUCCCCUGUGAUGGGCCAGGACGGCCAGCCUAAGUCCGCUCCCUCCAACUAUGGCCAAGGCUCGCCGGCCACCACCUUCAUCCACCCGCUGACUGGGAAGGUCCUGGACCCCUCGUCCCCCCUGGGCCUGGCGCUGGCCGCCCGGGAGAGGGCCCUCAAGGACGACCGGAGGACCCGGCGGGAGGAGCGGCACUUUGGCCGGCAGAUGUCCACCGUGGGGGCAUUCCCAACCUCCCUACCUUCCCCGACGCCUUCCCUGUUCCCCGCCUCCACCACCACUACUUCCCCCACCUCCCUGAGUCGCCCGCAGUCGCCCAGGAUAUUACGCUUGGGGGGCGGAGGUGGGGGGGAGAGAGUGGAGAGGGACCAAGUGACUGGAUCCAGAGAGGGCCUCAGGGUUCGCUUUUCAGAGGACAGAACUAGCCAGUACCAGAACCAGACCCAGUAUUACCAACCUGGUACUAGGGAGUUACCUGGCCUGCCAAUGCAGCUCCCUGGUCCGCCGCAGCCUGCACCGCGCAGACCCUCUUUUCUGCAGAUGGAGAGCAGUGCAAACGCUAGCUACAUGUCCCAGUACACCCUCCCCACAGACCUAGCCCACCCACACGAAGGCGGGGGAGAGGAUGGAGGAGGACUGGGGCUGAUGGUUCUCCCCCCUCCCGCCCCCUCAAUAGACCUGGACGACGAGUUUGUCUUCGUUGACCCGCUCCCCCCUCCCUUGCAGUUCGCUAACGGCCAGGGCCAGAGGGCGUACCCUCAACAGCACCCGCAGCUGGCCCACCAUGUCUCCCCCGCCGUGCCCCCCCCGCCGCCCCCCCUGCCCUCUCAUAAAGUUCCCCCGCCGGGAGGCUUCUCUUCCAACGCCCCCCUCCCCUCCCCCCAGGCUGUGGACUCCGCCGCCUCCAGCCUCACGUCCUACGACAGCGAGGUGGCCAACCUCACCCAGUCCGCCCUUUCCCCCUCACUCCCCUCACCCCAGACGUUCCCCCCUUCCUCCGCCACCACGGCCUCCACCAUUUUACCCACACCCUCACUCCACAGACCCCAACCAGUGUCCCACGCACACCCUUUCUACAGUGGCCCCGCUGUAGCAGCUAACCCCGCUAACAUGGGGGCUCCUGCUCACCCAGUGACCUUAGCACAGGACCGAGGUGCAGCCACCCUCACUACGACUAUGACCUACGCUACCACGAUGACCUCCACCGCCAUCGCCGCCACUACCACAGCCUCCGCUGUGUCCUCCGACUACAAUGUAGCCGUGUCGACCCCAAGAACCGCCGUCAGCUCCACUGGCAAUUCAGGUGACCAGCAGUCCUCUGGGGUGAAGACUGGAGACUGGCAGAUAGAAGUGAUUGUGGACUCUGGCAUCGAGGAGCUGGACAGCCACUGCAGUGACCACCACCUGGAAAUAUUAAAGGGAGAAAGAGGAGGAGUGGUGGAGGGAGAGAGAGGAGGUGACGAGCACCCGGAGCCUUACGUGACCUUCUCGGGGGGGCAGAUGUUUAAAGCACACCCCGCCAAACACUCAGCCAAUCCUCCGGUGUACCCGAAGACCAUGCAGUACAAAGAAGGCGGCAUCAAAGACACAAGGAUAGCGCUGCGCCGACAGGCGAGUACUAACCCUCCCUACCAGAGUGCCCCACCACAGGCCGAUGCGGAGGAGGAGCCCAGGGGAGAUGAGGGAGGUGUGGCGGACGAUAGGAAACAGCGCAGACUGGGUCGAGCCAAGAUGGGGGAUGGCUUUGGCUCCACCCUGGCUGCCUGUCUGGAGCGCCCAAACACCUUAGAGCCCAGACCCCUGUCUUGGACCGAGGGAGUGGACCCAGGGCAGGGCUUGGAGCGAGGCGGUGGGAACCAGAGGAGUGGGAUCUCUGUGGAGGGACGCAGGCUGCACUCGCCCCUCUCGGGGGUGAAGGCCAGCAUCAUCAAUGAACUGAGCUCCAAGCUGCAGCAGAUGACCAAUAAGAGCACGGAGGACUGGGGUCAGUCUGAGAUGCGGGGUCCAAGCCCUGUUAGCCCAAGGUCACCCACAAUGCACAGGUAUUCAGGGGAUUUCUCUGCAUCGUUUCAGAGCCCCCCAUCAGCCCGCUCCACGUCCCCCUUGCCCACCUCAUCCCCGCAGCAUCGGCCGCCGAUUCUCACACCGAAUCUCACCGCUACCCCAUCAGGCUCUCCCUCCCACCAGCCCCAGCCCCAGCUGCAGCCCAACUGGACACAUACCCCGUCUCCCCAGCUGCCCACCUCCCCCUCUCACUCCUCCCACCCUCCUCUCUCCCCCACCUACUCCCCCUACCCCACGUCACCCAAACAUCGCACCAAGUACCGCGGAGCCAAGAUUUUUGACUUCCAGUGUACCUCCGGGCCAGAGCUGAGGUCAUCUGUAUCCCGCCGGCGUGCCCCCAGCCCCCUCAUCUACUCCACAGAACGCCCCAGCCCUGCCCCCCCAAGACCGUCCUCCCUUCCCAUCCUCCCAGUCACCCCCGUCUACAACACCCCCUUCGACUUCCCUAAUCCUCUCACCCCUCAAUCUCCAGGUCACGCCCUCGGAGACCCGUACAACACCCCAGCCCCUCCCCUCUUCCCCACUUCCCCGCAACCCCCGAGCCCGCUCCUGGUCUCCCGCUCGCUCUCCCCCACCCAGUUCCUCUCCGGCGCGUCAUCGCCUGCCAUGCACCUGCCCCCCUCUCCGUCCUGCCUCAGCUACCCUCACCUCACCCCUCCUCCCCCGGCCAAGCCUUUUGCGGUCAAGCCUCUGUCCUACUGGACCAAGUGGGACGUGGCUGACUGGCUGGCCUACCUGAACCUGGGCGAGCACCGGGAGCGCUUCUUGGACAACGAGAUUGACGGCUCACACCUGCCCUCCCUCACCAAGGACGACUUCCUGGACCUGGGGGUGACGCGCGUCGGCCACCGCAUGAACAUCGAGAGGGCGUUGAAGAGGCUGACUGACAGGCUCUUCUCUCCCAUGCAUGACCCUAGCCCAUCCCCCGAGCCUCAGACUGAGAGAGUGAAAGAUGAAGUGAAUCAAAGCUCAGAGAAACACAAAGACACAAAGUGACUGAGACGAAAGCUAAAGAAGACCAUUGAACACAAACAGACUGUAAAUUGGAACUAAGACAGGAAGGGAUUGUGAUGGGCAAUGCUUUAUCUGGCCGGGACAUUUUUGGUUUAAGCGGAGGACAAUUGUUCCAGAAGUUUCUUGAGAUUAACAUUGAUUGCACGUGUUGGUCAAAAGAGGGUAGAAACACUUAUGACACACAAUCAAGUUUUAACUGAUACAAUUUGCACACACUGCACAACCACUGAUACAUUGGCUUUUAAUUACCACACGGACACACACAAACACAUACGCACACAUAUACACCCAGAUUUGACUGGUUAUUCUCACGCUCCAUCUGCUGCCUGACAGUUACAGUAGCGAAAUAAAUGCUCAGAAGAAUCUUGAGAUUGAAUGCUGCUAACCAUACAGACUGUAAACCCAAUGGAUAUACGGAAGCUCGUAGUGGAGUAGGUACCUCUAGUUAACAAUAGGGGCCAUGUUCCAACCAACAUGGGAUUGGAAAGUGUGGUUGGAGUAUUAAAGUCAGAAUAUGGUCUUUAAAUGGAAAUGUGACAUUUUUUGUUGUUCAAGUAACCCGUGGAAAAUAGGAAAACAGUAGACUUUUAUACCAAGGUUGGUUAAUGGCCUAAAUCCCUUAGUGAUUUCCCAACAAGCUUUCUACGUAUUUUACCGAUUCUUGACUAACAUUAUAGCUGUACAUGUAAAAGUGGAUUCACAAAUCAGAAUCAUUAAUUUGUUUUGUACUGAUAGGGAGUGCUGAUAGCAAUCAUUCAUUUCAAACGGGUCAAGCUAUUGAUAUACAAAUAUUUCAAAUAUAUAUAUAUAUAAAUAUAUAUAUAUAUAUUUAGCUGUAAAAAUGACAUUAUCAUUAUGUUUAGAAUGGCUGGCUGGAGUAUAUCAGAGAGGGGCAAAGGAGGGUAAAAUAUGGGUUUGAUUUUCCUUGAGACAUGGCUGAACAGAAGGGAUUUGUAAACUUAGCAAGGGCAUUUGGAAUGUGGGUUACAAAUUAUGAUCGCAGUAUUUAUUCUUAAUUUGGGUUGUUGAUGGUUAAUUUUUAACUUGGGUCGUGAGCUGGAAAGGUUUAAGAACAACUGUUGUGUUGGAGAUGACAGCCAUGUCUCUGGGUCUGCCAGGGACCCAUGUCAUUUUACACUACACAGCUUGUUGUCAUGUUGACUCGCACACAGGUGCAGCCAUCAAAAAGGGCUUCUACAUCUGUUUAUAUGGUAUUACCGGUUCCCUAGGCCUUUUCCCUCUCAUUGUGAGUCUACGCGUGUGCGUGUGUAUGUGUGCUGACUGUUUCAUCUGCCUGCCUUGUUAUCCCUGACCACGCCACCGACCCUCUCUCUUAUGCCUUCUCCGCUACACAAAGCCAGUUUUCUAACGGUUAGAAAAUGUAGAGAUGUAUAUUUUGCACCAGUUGACAAUCCUAACAUUGCCCCUUUUCAUGAACUCUUCUUCAAAAUCCCUCAAGAUAAACUGUUUUCUGAUCCACAUAUUUCAGACAAAUAUAUAGCUUCUACACACACAUACAAACAAAUACACACAAACACACAGGCUCUUUUAGAUACCUGUUUGUUAUUGCCUUCAGUGAAAUGCACUCUGAGGUGAAUCAAACUCUUUAAAGAUGAUUUAUAGACCUAUAUGAUAUAAUGAUGGUGACGAUUAUGACAAGUACAAUUAUAACAUAAAUUAUAGUAUGAUUUAACUAACUAUUAUAUUAAUGAUUAGGUAUAUGUAAACAUUUUUAACACUACAGAAUCUCUGUCUUCCAAAUAGAGUGAGAAAUUAUUUGAAGCUACUGAUUUUCUUUUGUUGUCAUUAUUUACGGUAUUACUCCUGGUAAAUGCUUUCUAGACUGCCCGACUUCGCUGGCCAUUACCUAUUUUAUCUUACCUGUGAAACCCAUACGCAUCAACACAUUCUUUACUUGUAUGAAGUCAUAACCUCACACCUAGAACCUCCAAUGCUAUUAAAAGAGGGUUUUUGCUAUUCCAGAACCUUCCAUUGGAUAUGAUUGAGUGGUGGUGUAGAAAGCAUUACGUUCUAUGAUUUAAAGAGUAUUUUAGGACUAGUAAUAUAUAAAUAUUAUGAAUAUGAUGAAUAUAUACAGUAUGAGAUAAGAGGUAUUUAUGAACUUUUGUUUAACAUGAAAUACAGAAAUAUACUGAUAAAAUAUGAUAGAGAUAUAACUACGGUGUUGAAAUAAAUGCUGAAUAAACAAAUUGUCUUGA